AUGGAGUUCACAGACCUUGAGCCGAACCUGCAGUGGGGCCCUAAAACCGGCGGCUGUGGCACGGGGGAAAUGUUGGCCUUGAUGAAGAGCCAGGAGCAGUUUCAGCAGGUCUGCUUCUGGGGCAAGGUCUUUGGAGUCACGGCAGAUUACUACGUGGCCUAUGGCCUCAAGGGAGGGGACUUUGAGUUCCCCACCAAGCACUUCUUCUUUGCUGGCAAGGACUUUCAGUUCUCUGCUUUGACGGCACCCACACCGGAGGAAGCGGUGCGUUUGGUGGAGCUCUGUGGUGAAAAGCCUCUCACCGGUGUGGCCAGCACUGCCUUGGAAGUUGCUACUGAAGAGGAGCCGGCGGAUCCACCUGAUGAGCCUGUGCCGGAAGGACCAAAGAAGCUGACGGAGGUCGAUCGUCUGGCUCAACUGGUGCUGGAAAUCGAUUUCGACACCUCCUGUGUUCCUCGAGGCGCUUUCUGCCUGGAUGCGGACCACGCCAUCGUGGCAUCCAAGGACUUCAAAGGCCUGGGCUCUGACGCACUGGCCCUGACCAGUUACGUGCACUUCCGAGCUCCGGUGAGCAUUGCCGCCCUCCGCAGCCUAGCACGAAAGGAUGCACAGGUCCACGGACCCCACAUCCUGGAUGGCUUAGAUAGCGAUCAGCCAAAGGGCUGCUGGGCCCUUCGGAAGGAUCCCACCGCCAGUUUGGUGACUUUAAGAUCUUUGAGUUGGCCCGGAUACAUCGCCUUCCAUGCGCCUGAAACCAACAAGUUUGGUGGCAUCUAUUUCGGAUAUGCGCAGAAGGACUUGUCCUUGUCCCUUGGCUGCGGAUGGUCGGGGUGGGGUGAGGAUCUGGGCCUCCGCAGCGGGGUCCAGAAAUUGGAGCAGCAGAGCGAUGCGCAGCUUGAUACAUGUGGCCGCCUGGUGGCGGUGCUUCAGAAGGCGACGGAGGCGUUGAACAGCUGCGGUGUCGCGCUGCAACGCGAGGUAGCCAGCUCUUUGCCGCCCUUGUCUUCUAGCUUCACCUCAGAACCAGGUGGAUCGCAUGACUCCGAAGAGCUCAGUAGGUCCAUCCUGGUUGCUUGCGAGAAUCUGGGUGCUGUGUUGCUCACCAUUGCAGCCGUCUUGACAGGCGACCUGCUGACGCCUCUGGUGGAGUUGCGUCGUACAGUGCACCAGGAGCGACAGGACUUGAAGCAAGAGCUGGAACGCUUGGAGCAGAGGGAGGUGAUGUGCUGCGAAGCCAUGGCCGAAAGCAUCUCGAGGAAGGAGAAGGUCUCGGGAGAGCUGCAGGAGCGUCUCCAGCAGAGCCAAGCGAAGAAGGGCGACCGCAGUCGCAUGGUGCGAUGGAUUCUGAAAAAAAGUUCGAAGGCCGAAGGCAAACUCCAGGCAGCUGCGCACGCGCAGACGGCGGCAGUGGAAGAGCUGGCUGGGCGAUUAGACCAGUUGGCGUUGGUUCAAACCCAGCGGCAGGACGCAGCGGAGGCCUUCUCUGCCCUGCUGCGGCGCCUGACGCAGCGCCGCCAGCAGCUGCUGCGCGCCUCGCUGGGACGCUGCGCCGCAGCCUUUGGAGAAGGUGCCGCAUGUCUCCAGUCGGCCUUCGGCGAGGCCGCGGCUGCGAGCUCACCCAGCUCACCCAGCUCACCGGCCAAGGCACGUGCCAGCGUGCCACCUUUGCGCCUUGCCGAGUUGCCGCUGGAAGAAGAGGUACAUGUGAUGAAUACCGACUCCAUGGCGACUCCCUCUGGCAGUUCCAUGGGCGGUGAAAUCCUGAAUUGCGACAGCGACAGCGAUGCCGCGGGAGAAAGCUGUGACGUCGCUGUUGAUCUCAAGUCUCCAGGCCGCUCGUCCGGCCUGCGCCAAGCUGCCAGCGCUGCCAGCGCUGCCAGCGCUAGCGGCGCUCUCCGUGGCUGCUGA